UUAAGUUGUGGAUAUAGUAUGCCAUGCCAUUCUGACAUGAGAGGAUGCUUAUUAUGCAAGUCUCCUUGGUAAUGAUGGCGGCGGCGGCUACAGCAGCUCAAUUAGCUCUACCAAACUGCCAGGACAAGUGCGGAGAUGUCACAAUUCCAUACCCAUUUGGCGUUACUAAAGAGUGUUCCAUGGGACCUGAGUUUUUCAUCAAUUGUGCGGCUAACGGAACAGCACUCUUGGGCACAAGCAACAUUCCUGUUACCAACAUAGCCGUGCAUCUCGGUGAGAUCCAAGUACAGCAGUAUACGGCCUAUGACUGCUACGACGAGCUGGGCAACAAAACCUACACCCCGUGGAUCCGGGUGGCUCCUCCUUACACCAUCUCCGGUACCAAAAACAAGUUCAUGGCCGUUGGUUGCGAUACUUAUGCAUAUUUUAUAGGCUACCGUGCAAACCAAGAAAGAUUCAUCACCGGUUGCAUGUCCAUGUGUGACAGCCUCAACAGUGUUGAGAAAGACUCUUGUUCUGGCAUCGGGUGUUGCCUAACUUCCAUCCCCGACGAUAUCAAAAAUUGUACUGUGACGUUGGGAAGCUAUUACAAUCAUACGUAUGUUCGGAGCUUUAACCCCUGCAGCUACGCCUUUGUUGUGCAAGAAGGCCACUUCAAAUUCAACAAUACAAGUUUUCAACAACUCAACAACAUAGAGCGACUUCCAAUGAUCCUUAACUGGGAAAUUGGAAAUGAGACAUGCGAUGCAGCUCAAGAGACGACCCAGAAUUCAUCAUGCAAGGCACAUAGUAAGUGUGUCAACCCCAAUAAUCGUUCUACAGGUUACAAUUGCCAGUGCUUGCCAGGUUAUGAAGGCAACCCUUACCACCCCAAUGGUUGCCAAGAUAUUGAUGAGUGCAAGGCUUCAAACCCCUGCAGUAUUGGAGAGUGCGUAAAUUCCCCUGGAGAUCAUUCUUGUAAAUGUCCCAAAGGGUAUAAAAACGACGGCAUGAAUCCAAAGAUUUGCAUCAAAGACAAUCGAUCAAAGACCAUUCUCCUGCUUAUCAUUUCAUUAGGUGUCAGCGCAGGGCUAUUGAUUUUACUGGGGGCAAUUUCAUGGUUAUAUUGCUGUCUGCAAAGAAGAAAGUUCAUCAAACUCAAAGAAAAAUACUUUAAAGAAAAUGGUGGUUUAUUGUUAGAACAACACCAUGCCAGCCAAGGGGGCUCUAUGGAGACAACCAGGAUCUUUACUACAGAAACACUUGAAAAGGCCACAAACAAUUACCCUGAAAGUAGUGUCCUUGGCGAAGGAGGCUAUGGAACUGUUUACAAAGGAAUAUUACCAGAUAACAAAGUGGUUGCCAUAAAGAAGUCCAAAAUUGGUGCCUCAACCCAGAAGGAGAAGUUUGUUAAUGAGAUGAUUGUUCUUUCUCAAAUCAACCAUAGAAAUGUGGUGAGGCUAUGGGGUUGCUGUUUAGAGACACCAGUUCCGUUACUAGUUUACGAGUUCGUCACCAAUGGCACUCUUUUCGCCCACAUUCAUAAUAUAAGGGACAAAAGAUCACUUCCAUGGGACUUACGAAUGAAGAUAGGGACAGAAACCUCAGGAGCACUAGCAUAUUUACACUCCUCCACUUCCAUGCCAAUCACACACCGGGAUGUGAAAACAACGAACAUACUGUUAGAUGAAAAUUACACAGCAAAAGUGUCAUUGAAAAUGAUGGGAGUAUUGCUUGUAAUAUUAUUAUUCUUAGGGGCUGCAAUUACAACAGCAGCAGCUCAAGCUUUAACUCAAGCCCUGCCUGACUGCCAAGACAAGUGUGGCAAUUUAACAGUCCCAUACCCAUUUGGCAUAACUGAUGGUUGUCAAAAGGAGGGCUUUCCUUUCUUCACUUGUAACACGUCCACCGAACCCCCAAACCUGCUCUGGGUAAGCUCUAUUGUCUCCAACUUUUCCCUUGCUGAAGGCGAGAUGCAAUUGCAGAACUACAUAUCCCGAGAUUGUUACGAUAAGCAGGGUUUUAAGACCUCCAACAACAAACCUCGGAUCCAGCUGCCGCCUGCUUUCACCGUCUCCGAUACCAAAAACAAGUUCGUUGCUGUUGGUUGCGACACCUACGCAUUUUUCAGAGGCUACCGAGGAGAAGAAAAGCUCAUAACUGGUUGCCUUACCUUAUGUGACACCCUUCGCAGCGUUGAUCAGGAAUCUUGCUCUGGCGUUGGGUGUUGCCAAACUAACAUCCCCAUUGGGCUGAAAAAUACUACUUUGACGUUGGACAGCUACUACAACCAUACAGAUGUAUGGAGCUUUAACCCCUGCAGCUAUGCCUUCUUUGUGGAAGAAGGCCACUUCUCGUUCUCCAACAAAAGUUUUGACGAGCUGAAAAACAAAGACACGCUUCCAGUGAUUCUUAAUUGGGCAAUUGGGGAUGAAGAAGACCCAUGUGAUGAAGCUCAAAAGAGGCAGGAUUUUGUAUGCAAGGGAAAUAGCACAUGUGUCAACCCCAUCAAUCGCUCUGGUUACAUUUGCCGCUGCUUGCAAGGUUACCAAGGGAACCCCUACCACCCAGAUGGUUGCCAAGAUAUUGACGAGUGUAAAGCUGCAAUUAAUCCCUGUAACAAUGGAGACUGCGUGAAUUUACAUGGAAAUUACACUUGUUUAUGUCACAAAGGGUACAAAAUGGACAGCAUCAAUGGAACGACGACUUGCGUGAAAUACAAUCCUUCAUCGAAGAACAUGACCCUGAAAAUUUCAUUAGGUGUCAGCACAGGGUUAUUGAUUUUACUGGGGGCAAUUUCAUGGUUAUAUUGCUGUCUGCAAAGAAGAAAGUUCAUCAAACUCAAAGAAAAAUACUUUAAAGAAAAUGGUGGUUUAUUGUUAGAACAACACCUUGCUAGCCAAGGAAUAGAGACAACCAGGAUCUUUACUGCAGAAGCACUUGAAAAGGCCACAAACAAUUACCAUGAAAGUAAAGUCCUUGGCGAAGGAGGCUAUGGAACUGUUUACAAAGGAAUAUUACCAGAUAACAAAGUGGUUGCCAUAAAGAAGUCCAAAAUUGGUGCCUCAACCCAGAAGGAGCAGUUUGUUAAUGAGAUGAUUGUUCUUUCUCAAAUCAACCAUAGAAAUGUGGUGAGGCUAUUGGGUUGCUGUUUAGAGACACCGACUCCUUUACUAGUUUACGAGUUCGUCACCAAUGGCACUCUUUUCGAGCACAUUCAUAAUAUAAGGGACAAAAGAUCAUCACUUCCAUGGGACUUACGAAUGAAGAUAGCAACAGAAACUUCAGGAGCACUAGCAUACUUACACUCCUCCACUUCCAUGCCAAUCAUACACCGGGAUGUCAAAACAACGAACAUACUGUUAGAUGAAAAUUACACAGCAAAAGUGUCAGACUUUGGAGCUUCAAAGUUGAUUCCUGUGGAUCAAAGUCAACUAACAACUUUAGUGCAGGGGACACUCGGAUACUUAGACCCUGAAUAUUUCCUUUCAAAUCAACUAACGGAAAAGAGUGAUGUUUAUAGCUUUGGAGUUGUCCUAGCAGAGCUACUAACAAGUAGAGUAGCACUUUGUUUUGACAGGCCUGAGGCAGAGAGAAACCUAGCAAGCUUCUUUGUUUGUUCAGUGGAGGAAGAUCGCUUGACUCAAAUUCUUGACGAUGACAUAGUCAACGAUGGAAACAUUGAGACUCUGAAAAAUGUGGCCAUUCUUGCGAAAAGAUGCUUGAGGUUACAAGGGGAGGAAAGGCCUACAAUGAAAGAGGUAGCCUUGGAGCUAGAAGGCAUGAGAAUUAUGGCAAAGCAUCCAUGGGGGAAAGCUGAUUGUCCAGAAGAGACUGAGCACUUGCUUGGUUCACGUAAGUCAGAUGCUUAUCGUGUGGAUGUUACAGCAGCAGAUUGUGGUCAUUCUAGUGGUACAAGUAGUGGAUAUGACAGCAUGCAAAUCCAGACGUUAAUGGCAUAUGGUGAUGGGCGAUAAUCGAUUGCUAA